AUGACGGGGUGUUUGUGUCUUGGUCUAAGGUCUUGUCUUGUCUUGUCUUGCUCGGUCUUGGUCCUAGUCCCAGUCCCAGUCCCAGUCCAGGUCUUGCUUGUGCUCUCGCUCGCUCGUGGAAGCGCUUGGGGGUGGAAAGGGAAGAGGAGGUCCUCCACUACGGUCACCCACGGCCUAUUGAAAUGGCAGCUGUCUCAAAGGUACCCAGUACCUGAGCUAGCAGGCCGUGGGAAGCCCUUCCGAGCCCUAUACGGAUGUACUCCGUACCUACCUCAUGACUUGGCCGUUCGCUUGGUGGACCUCACGGUUGGCCUGGGAGGGAUUUUGAAUACUGGUCCUCCACUGAGAACACGGCUUGACUCCCGUCCCGCUCCACUGACAGCAUCCCCCGGUAAGUACCCUGGCCAGGGCCCCUCACCACUAAAUAAGUAUCAAGCCUGGCUGCCGCUGCUGCAGCCCGUUAACCAGCCCAACCAUUGCGUUAUUCGACCCUCCCAUGCCGGACUUGAAUCCAGCCAUUGGGUGGUUUCUAUACCUUUUUAG